AUGCCAGUCAUUCUGGCAUCCAAGCGAGGAGUGAUCAAAGCAGCAAUCAUCAAGGGGGACGCCCCCCUGUUGUUGAGCAGAUCAGCAUUGAAAGCCUUGGGGGCAACGUUGAAUUUUGAGAAAGACUGUUUACAUGUUUUUCAACAAGUGGUGCCACUCAAGACCAACAGUGCCGGACAGUACAUUGUUCACUUGGUAGGACAGCCAGCGGAUCCAGUGUUUGCUGCCUCUUUCGAUGAGGUGAUGGCUUCAGUGGAGGCUCCCGAUGUUGAACCGGAGUCCAAUACUGCACCUCCGGAUUCAGCAGGCACCACAGCAUCCGUGCCUGCCGACGAGAUUGCCUGUGAACCUGAUCCUGCCGUCAAGACAUGUUUAGCAGUGCAUGCUCGGAAGCUGGUGGAAGAGGAUUUGAUCACAGAUCCGCCAGAGCUUUUGGUCUUGUGUCCGCCUUGCACGGAUGAGAGCGGAUGGGUGUAUGGAUUGCGCCUGCCAUCCAGUGAGCACUACAUUCGUAAGAGCACCCGUCUGUUAGUUUCGCACUCCGAUAUGCAGUCUUUAGGACUUCUCUGUACAGGUGAUGCUAAGCACAGCUGUCAUGACACCGUAGCUGGUCAUGCUCCAGGGGUUGCCAAGGUAGGAAUGGAUGUGAAGCACUUGAAGGGUUGGCUUCCCAAUCAGAAGAUUCGUGCCGUGAACCUGGUGGACACAGCGAGUGGGUUCCAGAGGAUGAUACCAUUCUUUGAGACCGAGACUGCCUCAGACUUGUUGAAUGAGCCACAAUCCGUGAUUGCUAGCACCGCAGCCUUAACUGAUGAAGGUCACUUCGUGUUGCCCUGUUGGCCAGACCCCGCACAAGCACUCCUUUCCAACCUGGGGACUUAG